CGUCACGGUUCUCCGUUGCUAGGCGACGCCAGAAGAGACGUGUGCACCACGCGCGCUGAUGACGCUCUUCCCUAACAACCAGCAAACUCUCGCUUAGCAACCGGCUCGUUAAACAGACUAGUGUCCCCGUUUGCGGUUUCUGAAAGUGAUGCGUUCACGGUCCUCCUGACAAGGCAGCACUGUGUUUUCCGGUCCUCUUGAUGGAUGACUCGGUGAGACCCCUGAGGGUUCCUCCUCACGUGGCCGCCUACGCAGACCAGCACAACGUCUCUCACCUGAUGCAGAGCAUGCUCUCCAGUCUGCUGGUCCAUCAGCCCGAGGAUCCGAUCCGGUACCUGAUCCGGCUGCUGCAGACGGGCAGCGUGGGCAUCCCCAAGGUUCUGGUCCUCGCUCCUCCAGAUGUUGGUGCACACCUCCUGGCCAAAGAGCUGAGUGCUGAGCUGAGAGCUGUCCAUGUGACCACAGAGAGCUUACUGGAUGACCAAUCAGAGCCGAGCCCCACAGAGGAGCUUCCUACUGAUCACAUGGUUGGACAGAUUCAUCAGCGACUGAAUGAGAUUGACUGCUUCAGCAGAGGCUGGGUGCUGGAGGGGUUCCCUCAGACCCGUCUGCAGGCCCUGAGGCUCCAGCAGGUCGGAGUCAUCCCUGAACAUGUUGUAAUGCUGGAGACUCCUAAUGACGUGACGUCGGCGAGGAAUCAGGGCGACCCACUGAUGGGAGACGCGUACCUUAGAACCUUCGUUUGGCCACUCAACGACUCCGGGGCUCAGCGCCUGAAGGAAGGGAGGAGUCAGCCAGAGGGGAGGAGUCAGCCAGAGGGGAGGAGUCAGCCAGAGGGGCAGGGAUUGGUUAAGCAGCAGCGAUACCGCUGUGAAGUCCCAGGUCUGUGUGCUGCCUAUCAGCACUUUCUGAAGGUCAUCAACGCUGACCAACCACAUGCUGACGUCUACCAGCAAGCACUGGCUUUCAUCCGGACUCGGCAUCGCUCCAGAACUCCCAGAAUCCUCCUGUUGGGUCCUCCGGGGUCGGGGAAGAGUCAUCAGGCCGCACUGUUAUCACAGGAAUACAAGAUGGUGGAUGUGUGCUGUGAUCAGCUGCUGAGGUCUGUAGCAGCUGAAGGUUCAGCUCAAGGUGAAGAAAUCCAAUCAUACCUGGAUGCUGAGAGCCCAGUUCCAGACUCCCUGGUCCUUCAGGUCCUGGAGGAUCGUCUGAGCCGAGUGGACUGUGGCUGCAGAGGAUGGAUCCUCCACGGCUUCCCCUGUGACCUGCAGCAGGCCAGGAGCCUGCAGGAGAUCCACCCCCCCAACAGAGUGUUCUUCCUGGAGGCGACUGAUGACGUUUGUCUGGAGAGAAUCACUCAGAGAGCCACAGACCCAGUGACUGGAGAAAGGUUCCAUGGUGUCAUCAGACCGGCUCUGAGCUCUGAGGUCCACAAGAGGCUGAAGGUCAGACCAGAGGACCAAAGUCAGUGUGUGACACAACAACUGAAGCACUACAGGACGCACACUGCUGCCCUACAGUGUGUGUAUCCACAGGCAGCUGCUAUAGAUGCUGACAGGGAUCCUCACUCUGUGUUUGAGCUUCUGGAGAGCAGACUGACGCGUGUCUGACAGGAGAGCAGGGUAACUGUGUUGUUGAGGAUGAGAAGGGAUCAGAACAAAGGAAUCAUGGAGACGUCGCUCUGUCCUGACUGUCCCUGACCUUCAUCACGUUACCUCCUACUACGCAGCGUCCUGGAACCGUCCCUAAACCCAAAACUCCUCAUGAACGUCCCUCACCAGCUCUCAUUGAUGGACUAUUGGAACCCAGCCUUCUCACCUGUCUCCCUCUCCCGCCUGUCUCUCCCUCUCCUAUCUGUCUCUCACCUGUCUCCCUCUCCUGUCUGUCUCUCCCUCUCCUGUCUGUCUCUCACCUGUCUCCCUCUCCUGUCUGUCUCUCACCUGUCUCCCUCUCCUGUCUGUCUCUCACCUGUCUCCC